UUAUCAGUGAAAAAUUGGGAGAAAAAUUGAUGCAUGAGAAGAGAGACGUGAAAAAGAAGAGGAGAGAGACGAAGUGAAGUAGAGGGAGAAGAUUAAGAGAAUCGUGCGGCUCAAAUUAGGUUAGAGAAGAAGUGAUGGGAUUUCCCACUCAUUAGGAAUAGUGAAUUUCAUGCAAAUGUGACUCAUAACACUAUUGAUUUAAAUAGUGACAAAAUUUCCCACUUUUGAAAGGUCAUGGAAGAGAACACCUUUAGUUCGACAACAUCUCUCGGGAUUCCCCUUACCCUUCUCCCCUACCCUCAAGUGCUUGGCCCAUUAAGACCUGAGCGGGGUCCGAGCCACUACUUCUUACCAAAAAAAAAAAAAAAAAAAAAACAUCUCCGUUGUUCACAGUUACAGUGCCUUUAUCCACGUCCACAAUCCUCCUCCCCACAGCAGAACAGCAGAACAGCAGAACAGCAGAAGCAAGAAGAAGAAGAAGACGAAGACUAGAGAAAAAGCAUAGAAUGAGUCGGUCUCUUCUCUCUCACCUCCUCGCCAUCCCCAAUUCCUCCCCUCGAUUCACUUCCUCACUUUCUCACUCAUCAAUAUAUGGUCCAAUUUUGAAGCGGAAUCCCCAAUGUGCCUUCCGCUGCUGCUGUAACGCCGCUUCGGCUUCGGCUUCCGAAACCCUGUCAUCACCGUCGACUGUCAAGAAGCGAGUUGUGUCUGGAGUCCAGCCAACUGGAGCUUUACAUCUUGGGAAUUAUCUCGGCGCCAUUAAAAAUUGGAUUUCUCUUCAGGAUACCUACGAAACACUUUUCUUCAUCGUUGAUCUUCAUGCGAUAACAUUGCCUUAUGAAACUCAACAAUUGUCCAAAGCAACGAGGGAUACAGCAGCUAUUUACUUGGCAUGUGGCAUUGAUAUAUCAAAGGCCUCAGUUUUUGUACAAUCCCAUGUUCGUGCUCAUGUAGAACUUAUGUGGUUGCUCAGUUCUACCACGCCGAUUGGUUGGUUGAAUAGAAUGAUACAAUUUAAGGAGAAAUCCCGGAAAGCGGGAGAUGAAAAUGUUGGGGUUGCUCUUUUGACGUAUCCUGUUCUCAUGGCUGCAGAUAUUCUUUUAUAUCAGUCAGAUUUUGUACCAGUAGGAGAUGACCAGAAGCAGCAUCUUGAAUUGACACGACAGAUGGCUGAGCGUGUGAAUAACUUGUAUGGAGGAAGGAAAUGGAAAAAAUUGGGAGGGAGAGGGGGCUCAAUCUUUAAGAUACCUGAGCCACUUAUUCCACCAACUGGAGCUCGAGUGAUGUCUUUAACAGAUGGUCUUUCUAAGAUGUCCAAGUCUGCCCCCUCAGACCAGUCUCGAAUUAAUCUAUUGGACCCGAAGGAUGUUAUUGUAAAUAAGAUCAAACGUUGCAAAACCGAUUCGUUCACAGGGUUGGAAUUUGACAAUCCUGAGAGACCUGAAUGCAAUAACCUUCUCUGCGUUUAUCAGCUUGUAUCGGGCAAGUCCAAGGAGGAGGUUGCCCAAGAAUGUCAAGAUAUGAGCUGGGGUUUGUUCAAGCCGCUUUUGACAGACGCUUUGGUUGCUCAUUUACAACCCAUCCAGGUGCGUUAUGAGGAAAUCAUGUCUGAGCCGAGUUAUUUGGAUGGAGUACUAGCAGAUGGUGCAGGCAAAGCUACGAAGAUAGCAGAUGCUACUCUUAAUAAUGUCUACCAGGCGAUGGGGUUUCUUCGACGAUCAACUUAACAGUAACUGAUUGGGCAUGUAAUUUUUCUCCUUCACUAUUUUCUGAGGAUGUCUACUACAAAACAGCUAUAAAUUAAAUGUACACGUCUGGAAGGUUUGUCAGCUCAAUUUUUUGUAUCUUCAUUAGCUUAAGAUAGGAAGGCAAAAAUGCAAAAGGUAGAAACUAGAUUGAUUUUCUCCUACACAUUUCAUUCUUUAGUGCAACAUUUUGAAAUUCAGAAUGAAGUAUUUUUGUAUUAUACCCAUCAAAAAUAAUACUAAGUAUUGUUACAUACACCAAA